AUGGUGCCACGAGCCGGGAACAUGUCAUCCAUCAUCAUCAGAAUCGCAGACCAAACAAAACGAAGAUUGUGUGAAGUCCUCAACGAAAUCAAGAGUCUGAACUUGGAUUCGGUCGACCAAACGACAACAACCGAUGAAACAAUCCGUCUUCAUCAGGAACGGAGAAGGAUCACCCAAGAAAAAAUCAUGCAUAUCCAAAUAUACUUAGAGGCGUUAGAAUCGGUCAAUACAGAGUGGAAACAAUUCAUCCAGCAGAUUUCAGUCUCAACCAAAAGAAAAGAAGAAGAAGAUCGAUACCUUCAGAUAAACGACGAUGAAUCAGGUAUUACCAACUUAAUUUUACAAGCAAAACAAACUGUAGUCAUUUUAAAAAUGUAUCAAAAUGAUUCGGAGUUCAUAUUACAACGGCUAAAUCAGUCUAUGGUAAGGGAGGAAACAACUCAACCCAAGGAACCCACACAAGCGGGUAAAUACCCUACAGUAAACCUCCCACAACUACCACUGCCCACAUUCAGUGGGAAUCCAAGACGCUGGAGGGAAUUUUGGAAUAGCUUUGAUACAGCUAUACAUCAACAAGCAAUUCCCGAUAUCCAUAAACUAAACUAUUUCAUCUCAUGUCUCAAAGGAGAUGCCCUCCAAGCUAUCAGAGGUUAUGACAUAACUCCGGAGAAUUACAGUAUCGUAAGAAAUGUCCUCGUCGAAAAGUUUGGGCAGCCUUACGCCAUCAAACGAGCCUUGUUCACCGAAUUAUACUCCAUCAAAAAGAACGAUAGAGAGUGGAAAGCAACGCUUGAGGCCAUUGAGCGAACACUUCGACAAUUGGAGGCCAUCGGUGAGAAUUUAGAGCAGUCCGGUAUCGAAAUAGCUGUGGAAGGGAAAUUGCCAACCUGGAUCCUAGAACAGGUUUACAGAAGAAAGAGGCAGGAAUCGUGGUCUGUCACCAAACUCCGAAACUUCCUCACGGAGCUUGCAUCUGUGAACGAAGAAGUAGUACAAAGCCAGUCCCUAUGGUUUAAAGGGAAUAUGGAGAAUCAAUCUCCAAUAAAAGGCAAGCCAAGACCACGACACGAUCCCAAUGAGACUUCAGCCUUAACAACCUCUGUUCCGGAGAAACCCAUCAUCAAAGCCCUAUCAAGACCUUGUGCACUAUGCAACAAGAAUCACUGGGAUGAAGAGUGCCAGAUUUAUCCCACUCUCAAAAAAGGCUGGAACGUCUGA